AUGCGAUCAUGCGUCCGAACCGCGAGCAGCGUCCUGCAGAGCUGGCGGGCGCAUACCGUCCUCCGCAAUGGCUGCCCUUUGCCAUCCCGCACCCUUGAGCGCCUUCCACGGCUCGCCCGCAGCUAUGCCAUGGCCUACAAGCCGCAGGGCGAGCUGGAGAAACGCAUCGCCGAGAUCCCGAUAGAGCGAUACCGCAACUUCUGCAUCGUGGCCCACGUCGACCACGGCAAGUCGACCCUGUCCGACCGCCUGCUGGAGCUCACGGGCACCAUCCAGCCCGGCGGCAACAAGCAGAUCCUCGACCGCCUGGACGUGGAGCGGGAGCGUGGCAUCACCGUCAAGGCGCAGACAUGCUCCAUGAUAUACAACUACCAGGGCGACGACUACCUGCUGCACCUCGUCGACACGCCCGGCCACGUCGACUUCCGCGCCGAGGUGUCGCGCAGUUAUGCCAGCUGUGGCGGCGCGCUGCUGCUCGUCGAUGCCAGCCAGGGCGUACAGGCGCAGACGGUCGCCAACUUCUACCUCGCCUUCUCGCAGGGCCUCACGCUGGUGCCGGUGCUGAACAAGGUCGACCUGCCUCACGCCGACCCCCCGCGCGUGCUGGAGCAGAUGCACGACACAUUCGAGCUGGACCCCGAGGCUGCCGUGCUUGUCUCAGCGAAGACGGGUCUGAAUGUCGCAUCGCUCCUUCCCGCCGUUGUCGAAAAGAUCCCCGCGCCUGUGGGUGACCUCAGCAAGCCUCUGCGCAUGCUGCUGGUGGACUCGUGGUAUGACGUGUACAAGGGCGUCAUCUUGUUGGUGCGCGUGUUCGAUGGGCAGGUGCGUCCCGGUGACACCAUCAGAUCGUUCGCCACGGGCCUGAAGUACAUUGUGGGAGAGGUGGGCAUCAUGUACCCAGACCAGACCCCGCAGACGGUCCUCAAGGCUGGCCAGGUUGGCUACAUCCACUUCAACCCGGGCAUGAAGAAGUCGCAGGAGGCCAAGGUCGGCGACACAUACACCACACUGGGGUCCGAGAAGCUCGUGGAACCAUACCCGGGCUUCGAAGAGCCCAAGAGCAUGGUCUUUGUGGCUGCGUACCCAACCGAUCAGGACAACCACGAACACCUCGAGGACAGCAUCGAGCAGAUCACCCUCAACGACCGCAGCGUCACCUUGCAGAAGGAGUCGUCUGAUGCUCUGGGUGCUGGGUGGCGCCUGGGGUUUCUCGGCACGCUGCAUUGCUCCGUCUUUGAAGACCGCCUUCGCCAGGAACACGGGGCGAACAUCAUCAUCACCCCGCCGUCUGUGCCUUUCAAAGUCAUCUGGCGAGACGGUACCGAGUCCAUUAUCACAAACCCCAACGAGUUCCCAGACCAAGACCAGGCACAUUUCAGGGUGCAGGAAGUCCACGAGCCCUAUGUUCAGGCUACCAUAACUCUCCCGGAUGAAUACCUUGGCGAAGUCAUCAAGCUCUGUGAAUCUAACCGAGGAGAGCAGAAGGAAUUGACUUUCUUCACUGCAACCCAAGUUAUUCUCAAAUAUGACAUCCCCUUAUCGCACCUUGUUGACGACUUCUUCGGCAAGCUCAAGGGCGCAACCAAGGGUUAUGCAUCCCUCGAUUAUGAGGAUGCUGGGUUUCACAAGUCUUCUAUUGUCAAGCUGAAUCUCCUCGUCAACGGCGCGCCAGUCGAUGCUGUGUCUCGCGUCCUGCACACAUCCCAGGUCGACAAAGUGGGUCGUGCGUGGGUUGAGAAAUUCAAGGUGCAUGUCGAAAGACAGAUGUUCGAGGUCAUCAUACAAGCUGCUGCUGGACGCAGGAUCGUCGCUCGCGCGACAAUCAAGCCAUUCCGAAAGGACGUCUUGGCAAAACUGCACGCAAGUGAUCUUUCACGAAGACGUAAGCUGCUAGAGAAGCAGAAGGAGGGUCGAAAGAAGCUCAGAGCUGUCGGCUCAGUCGUCAUCGAGCAGGAAGCCUUCCAGAAAUUCCUGGCAAAGUAG